AUGUCAUUUCUUCCAACCGAUCAACAAAUAAAAGACAUUCAAGAAGCCGAAAAACAAUUAUGUGAAUUUGUUGUUGGUGUGCAAAGAGGUGAUGGCGAAGAAUAUUUGUCAUUGAAAAAUUGUAUGGCUGCAAUUGAUAGACAUUUGAAAAGUCACAGUGUAAUUAAAGAUCAAAUUACCUUAAAUGAAAUGCAUGCAAGCAAAAUUAUCCAGACUUAUAUAAAACUUUAA